CUGCCAUAAACAUGACAGAUGUUUCUACUCCGUCCUCAAGUGCUCCAGCUGAGAAAUAUAUUUGUGGUGGCUUACUUCUCAAUUCCUCUGCAAUUAUUCAGAGUCCUUUUUAUCCUUCGAAUUAUCCAAAUAAUGCAGAUUGUUUGUGGGAAAUACAAGUAGCAAAUAAUUUACGCAUUCAGCUCAAUUUUGGAAGUAUUCAGUUGCAAGGUGGAUGCCAGAAUGACUAUAUUGAGAUCUAUGAUGGGCCACCCAAUACUUCUCCUCUGCUUGGAAGAAUUUGUUCUGGUUCUUAUUUCACAUACACAUCAUCCUCAAACUUCAUGUCUGUCAGAUUCCGCAGUGACUCCAGAUAUUCUGACAGAGGUUUCCAGGCUGUGUAUCAGUCCUUUCCAGCAGACCAGACCACCACCCUUGUAUGCUUUUCAACCUUCAUGCGUGCAGUUGUAGACAGACACUAUCUCCAGUUACAAGGUUACCCAGUGUGGAAUAUCAGCUUGUCUGACUCUUCCUGCAGGCCACAAAUUACAUCAACUGAGGUUAUAUUCAACAUUCCAUACAAUAGCUGUGGUACACGCAGCCAGGGCAACAAUGAAACGAUCACCUACUCCAAUGUGAUUAAAGUGCCUGCUCCUGGUCACAUCAUCAAGAGGAAAAAGGACAUUCACUUCCACGUCAGCUGCAAAAUGCUCCAGAACACCUGGCUGCAAGUAAUGUACCGUGCUGAUAAUGUCAUUAAUGUCAGUGAAAUCCAGUACAGCAGAUACGACCUGGACCUGAGAUUCUACAAUUCCUCAUCUUUCCUGUGGCCAGUGUAUGACUCCCCAUACUACGUUGACCUGAAUCAGAAUUUGUAUCUUCAAGCUUUUCUUCGCAGCUCUGACACAAAUCUGAUCCUGUUUGUGGACACGUGUGUGGCAUCACCUGAUCCUCAUGAUUUUAGAACACAGACGUAUGAAUUGAUCAGAAAUGGGUGUGUCAAGGAUCCUACCUACUCCUCUUACUACUCCCCAAACCGUGCUGCUGCUCGGUUUGGCUUCAAUGCUUUCUCCUUUGUGACCCGCCACCCAUCCGUUUACCUGCGGUGCCAGCUGGUGGUGUGCAAACACAACGACUCCUCCUCCCGCUGCUACCAAGGCUGUGUGAGCAGGCUCAAGAGGAACACAGGUUCUUCCCAGGAAAAAGUGAAUGUUGUUAUUGGACCCGUCCAGCUUCGGGAAGCUCACCCUGAGAACAGAAACCCUGAGCUGGCCCCUGACUUCCAGGAGAAAGGGGAGUCUCCGAGCUCAAUACCUGCUCUGGCUGUGACCAUCGCGGUGCUGGCAGCUGCUGUUCUCACUGUGGGAGGAUUUCUUUUGAGGCGUAAACUGCAGGAACCCAUCCCAUACCAGAUAAUAGGAAACAACCAGCACAGAACCAAUUACCGCUCCAACAGAGACAACCAGCAAAUCGUCAAGUCCCCUAGCAGAGACAAUCACCCUACUGGAGACGUCCACAGCAGCAUCAACAACCCAGACACAGGAGACAACGCGUCUAGAAACCAUGUCCCCUGCAGCACCCUCGACAACCUUAUCAGGAAUGACCUCGCCAGCAGGGACAACCACUCCAUUGCCAUCAAGCUCCCCAGCACAGGUACCCACCCCAGAACAGUCCUUCCUAGAACAGCUAUCCUCCACAGCAGAGACAACCAGCUCAGCACUGUUUUUCCUACAACAGACAUCCUCCGCAGCAGAGACAACUACUCCAUUAUGGUCUUCCCCAGAACAAACAAUCCUCCCAGCACAGACAACCAACCCAGUGUCAAUAACUGUCGCAACAGAGACAACCGCAGAGAUAACCACCACAAUGGCAACGGCUACCACAGUAGAGGGGAGCACAGCAGGUAA